AUGGCCAGUUCUUUCCUAUCCAUCUAUUCCGACAGCUGGACUCUGUCCGAACGACCCGGGUCAAACCUGAUCCAGCUCGAGGCGCAGAACGCCACCAAUAGUGACUCGGGGUCCAGCACCAGUCAAAUGUUGCGACGGCUUACCGCCGAGCCGGACUUGGCCGAACCGCUUUUGACCGAAUCUGCGCUUGCCGCGCUUUCCAUUGCAGAACGUUCUACUGAAACUUUAAGACGCGUAAGUGAAAGUAUGCGACGAGAUCACGUGCCCGUUUCCCCACAGUUAAUCAUGCAUCGUCACGCAUGGGACGUGGAAAAACCUGCAAAUGCACGUUUCCCGCUGGACCACGUGCCCAUCAAAUGCAACAUCCUGCAGGCGCUCUGCGACCUUCUCUCUGAGUACCAGAGCCGCAUGGACGCUGCAGGCCCGGGGCCUGCAGCUACCGCGCCGCUCGAGCAUGUGGCCAAGGUGCUGCACUAUCUGAGCAAGCUGAUCCAGGCUGCGCAAAUGGACCCUGGCAUGCAGAUGCAGCUGCAGCUGCAUGCGCAGCACCGCCGUGCGGUGUCGUCUGCGGAGUCGCAUGACGGCGGCGGCAGCGGCGGCGGCGGCAGGUCGCGCAUCUUUAGCCGGUUCUUCGCCCCGGCUAAAAGCCGCGGAGUCUCCAGCAACAAUUCCCAAACACAUACCCGCACCGCUUCCGCGGCUACCAAAAGCACCAUCACGGUGAUGCCUGUCGGCAGUGCCGCGGCCGGCACGGGCUCAUCUCCGGAAGAACCCGGUCCGUCAUUGGGAUCCGCCCACAAGAUACAGGACUACACCAGCAUGCACACCUAUAAAGAAAGCAUAACAUCACUAGCAGCAGUGCUGCGAACCGUGCCACACACAGACCAGAACAAUAUCGUGUUCCAUUUUGUCGAUCAUAGCAUCAAUCCUUUCAUUAUGAGAGACUGUAGGGAUUUGCUGCGCUAUUAUGUGGAACAAGAAACCAUCUUGCGACUCUAA